GUAUCGUUUGCAGAUGAUCCAAUAAUCAUAUGCGUAUCAAAAUAUGAUAUCGAUUUUUGCAAAAAGCUUGUGGUCUCGUGCGCAGAACAAGCACAUCUAGCCGUGCCCGAAUGGUCAAUACGCUCCAGUCUACCGUUACCCCAGCCGAUCGCCACUUGCAUUAUUAAAGAAAACUAUGUCGCAAUGUGUUACGCUCAGGAUGGUGUUACUCUUUGUAACACGUGGUUUACAGCGUGUUUCAUCGUUAACUUCGAGUUACCGUUUACCGAAAAGCAAAAGAAUUGUGUUGAAAUAAAACAUCCUAUAGCGACAUGUAUAGCAAAAUAUGGCCCCGGUUUCUGCAACAAAGUGCUGAAGAGUUGUUCUGAACUGCUAAAUCAGCCUAUUUUGCCACGUACACCCGGAUCGCUUCAGGAGUUCCUCGAACCAAUUGCUAUAUGCAUUUCGAAAGGUUUCACUUCUCUAUUUGCACAAGUUUUUGAUUCCGUUUUAGAUUGGAUCGAAUCGAUGCAGUGA